CCAAUCCUCAUCUCUUCCUCCGCCGCACAAUAUCGCUGAGACGCUGACUGCUCCCUCCUCCGCCUCUCUGUGGCUCCAACACCACCGCGCUGCUCCCUCGCCGCCCACCUCUCCCGUAGCUGCGCCGCAUCCGCAGCAACUGCAACUGCUGCGCCCCUGCUGCUGCUCCACGCCGCUACUCUGCUGCUGCUGCUAGUGCCCUGCAGACACCCCGCUCCGCCCUCACCACGCUGCAUCUUCGCUGCUGCCCUUCGCAUCCGCGCUCAGCGUCUCCACCGGUGCUGCUGCCAUUCGGAGCCGUGGGAGCGCUGCCGGCCGUCCCCACCGUGCGCUGCCCAUAUACACGAACCAGCCCCCCUUCUAUUCCCCCGUGGGCUGUGGCCCAGUGGUACACAUCACACGAUGCAGCGUGAGUAUGCUAGUGUGGCUCGCUAUCGCUAGUGCUCGACGCCUGGGACUCCCGUCCGUGCACUGCCGCUUAUCCCCAGCCGGGAGCCGAGGAGACGCCGCAGCCGGGCAGCGCCCAGCGGCCAGAGCCGGCGAAGGGCAGCGAGGGGAGGGCGGGAGAGCGAGAACAAAAAUCUGCAAUAGACGGCGGCGAGAUUUUUUCGAAUUAGAGUAUUGGACUACAGAAAGAUGAAGUAUUUGUAUGUGGAAGCGUAAUCAAGCACUUCGAAAUGCAAACAUCUCAAUGACAGGUGUUUCAAAUUCUAUUUCCAUUGGUCUUCCUAGCUAUGGGCUAUAUGCAGAGCCAAGGUUUUUAUCGCAGAGCUAUAGGAACUUCCCACGGAGAUCCUCUUAUAAAUAUCUCAGAAUCCGUGCUGUGCAAGGAAAUGAUGGGCGUCGAAGGCUUGUUGACAUCAUCCGAAUCAUCCCAGAACUGUCAAGGAACUAUUUCAGAAGCCGAUCAAGAAGAACCCUUUUUGGUGGCAUCUCUCUGCUGGGUGGCUUUUAUGUCGCACAGACAAUCUCUCUGUCUUUUGGUGCAUUGGGUGUGAAUGAUGUUAUAGCCGCAGUUGUUUGCGUCCUGCUGGCGGAGUAUGUGACUAAGUUCUAUUACAGCCGGCCUAAAGUUACUUUUCCCAUUGCACUCCUCAACAAUUUCAAGAUGGGUUUCACAUAUGGCCUAUUUAUCGAUGCCUUCAAGCUUGCUAGCUGAACUGCAUUACCUCCUGCUUGGCUGCUUCUUCCCGCGCUCUUGAUCACCGCACACAUGGCAGAUGUAUGGCAUAUAUGUUAUGGAUUUAAAUUGCAGGGACCUUUAGUUUUCUUCCUUGGUUCUAUUCUCCUAUGUGAAGAUUGACCCCACUGCUGGUAGUCUUGUCGGAACUGCUGGACUGCUGGUACCAAAUGACACAUGGAAUUCAUAUCUCAGGUGUUCAAAAUUUGCAUACUGCAAGCUAAUUUAAGUGAAGACUGAACCGAUAGGCUUUGAAACUACUAUUGAAUUGCAGGCUGUUGAGUGUUAAUCCUGUAUUCCUGUUGCACAAAUUUAUAAAGGCCUUCAGUGGCAUCAGUGUGUCUGGACUGCUCAUUGGCAAUUUAUGUGACUAUGGUUUGUUCAUAGACGUAGAAAUUUCUCCUGGUCUGUAUAGUAAAUUCUACUUGCCUUUGCUACUGCACAGUUAGUUCCUUGCCAA